UACCACUGCAUAACCAUGGCUGGUGUCUUCAUCUUGAUUUAUGCGUUCGUGGUAUUUCCACGUGUUCUUUACAGCGUCGCAGCAAAUGAUUUUCGUGUCCCAGACGAUCCGUCAGUGCAGAAUCCAGAUCGUCCGCCUGUGAAGGACGAUCGCGCCGGAGUGUUCACCAUGACGGCACGGGAGGCAUUGCAGGCCAUCGAAGAAGUCCACAAUGGCACCGUCGACUGCAAAACCAUGCUGGCGGAAAGAAGCUUGAAGCUUCUGUUUUUAAAAUAUGAGAACAGUGUUUACACAGCCCAAGCGAACCUCGCCAUUCGAACAGCUAAUUUAAUCUCGGAUUUGCUCCCGACCGGCUCCGCCAAGAGGUUGAAUAUUUCCGGUGAGCCAGUGUUGAAGUCGCACGAGGAAGUCCUUUACGCCAUAGUUAGAAACAAUCUCGAAAACGAUCCACUUAUCGUGGGAUCGGCGAUUAUUUUCGACAACAACAGCUUUGUAAACAACUCGUUUUAUGCGCCGUACGCUUACCGGAACUCAAACGACUCGUUUAUCAAAGUCACAGAUUUGUCCGCAACGUGGAGUUACCUCCACGAGGCCUUCGUGAGGCUGAUGCGGAAUAAAUCCCACGAGAGACCUUUUCCAACACGAACCACGUACUUUUAUCCGCGGAAAAAUGGCUCUUACGUACAACAGCGACUGCAACUCACGCAUGAGUUUGUGGAAUUAAUAGACGGCUUAUGGAGCAGGCCUUACUUUGAGUGCACCACGGCCAGGGCAUGGGUCAUCACAUACACCUCACCUAUACUGGGCAACUGGGACAAGAAUGGACCAAUCUCCUUCAUGGGUAUGACGACAAUUGACAUUGCCCUCACGAACGUGGACAUUAACCAGUGCGAUAAGGAGUCUGGCGGCCAGUUCCAGUUCGAGAUAUUCGCCGGGACUCAUCGCUGUAAAAAUGAAACCACCCAGUGCAAAUUUGUCAGUGGACUCGGGUUUAGAGCUGGUUCAUACAGAUGUGUCUGUAAGCCUGGGUACUACUUUCCCAAUGUCACAGCUCAGAAUAACUAUUUCAACGGAUCUGUCAUCGAGUCUGCAGCCGCUGACACUAGUAACAGCUAUCACUCGAACCCAGAUUCCUUUCAAUGCCGCCAGUGCCAGCCUGGUUGUGACGCAUGCGUGGAUGAUUCGCCGUGCAUUGUGACGUUGAACUGGCCUCUGAGGAAAGCUCUAAUGGGUUUAACUGUAGUCACCAUUAUCGCCGCUAUUGCUGUAAUUGUCUUUAUCGUCUACUUUCGAGAUUUGAAGGUGGUGAAGACAGCGAGUCCUCAUUUUCUUAUCAUCAUAUUGGUGGGAUGUAUCUUGGAGUACGGCGAGAUUCUUGUGGAAUAUCCCGAACCACAGGACACGUUAUGUAUCGUUCGUCUGUGGUUUCGCCAUAUUGGAUUUGGGCUCGGUUUCACUUCUCUUCUCCUCAAAACAUGGAGGAUUUCCGUGAUUUUCCGCGUAAAGUCUGCUCAGAAGAUUAAACUGACUGACCGCCAUCUUCUCCAGCGCCUCGCUCCUAUUCUGUCGCUGUACAUAGUUUACUUGCUGGCCUGGUCACUUGCGGGACCGAGUCACGUGACUGAGUCAACGAUGCCAGGGGAUCUCAAGUUUGAUGAAUGUUCUUUCGACUGGUGGGAUCACGCAAUCUUGAUUUGUAAGUCUUUCAGUGUUAUUGUGUAUUGUACUGAUUGUAGCCAAGGGAGAGUAACCUCUCUUCACAUUAUCAUUCAUUGCAGGCUUUUUAUUGGGGACCUCGCAGGACCUGAUAUGAUUUACCUUCUGGAGUUCUUUAGAGUGCAGCUCAGCGUGUCUGUGCUCCUAGGGCUCGUAUUCGUUCCCAAGAUCGUUCGUGUCAUUAAGGGGCGUGGCGACGUAUUUGACACAAGUGGUCGGAUUGCGUCCGUAAAGGGGGCUGCUCUUAACAUGACAGGGCAAUCCUCAGAAGGGACGGUGAACUUGAGCGCUGAAAACGAGGACCUUAAGGAAGAGAUACGUAAACUGUACGGUCAGCUACAGCAAAUGAAAACCGCCAACAUGGAAGCGGGAAACAGACAUCUGGGACGUUCCGCUUCCAUUCUGUUCGGCGGCUCCACUCCGUCACUCUUAAACUCAACCGCCAAUAACAACGGAAGUUUGGCUUGUUUGGUUAAUCCUGGGGCAAAGGAGAAGCGACAACAAAGAUACUCUCCCGCUGCUGAACUUGUAAGCGACUUUGUUUGACGAAGGCUUAUCAAAGAAGGGCGCGGUCACAAAUCCGACCGCCGUUCAUACAAGUCCAACCAUUUGUACAUAUGGAUAAUUUUUUUACGCCUAACUUUGUGGAAACGAACUUCCCAAUCACCCUUAAUCAUUCCAAUCAUCUUUACAAGCAUGAUUCAAUUAUAAGACAUCACUGAAUCGCAGCUUCUCCUGGUUCAAGAACUUGGCAUAGGAUAUCGAAAGCAAUAAUACUUUCACUUAAAGGAGCUUAGUCACGGCAUUUUGAGAUAUGGCCACGCACAAAAUUACAUUUAAAU